AGGAAUUGAACCCGUGACCCUUCGGUGUGUUGGCCGACUCUCUACCCACUGAGUCACACUGGCCAGGGCUAGACCUUCCUGAUGCUUCUCCACACCUUCAGGCUCAGGAUGCCAACAGGUGUCUGAGUGCCUGGACCCAAGGGCUGCAUCCUUAUGGAGGACAGUCCCAGAGCUGGAGCUGCAGCUGAGCUCCUGCAGGAGUGCCUGCACCUGCUGCGCCUGCUCCGGGAGGCCCCCGCGCAGGACCAGGGCGAGGACCAGCGGCACAGAGCUUCAUUCCCCGAUGAGCUGAGGACCCUCCUCCAGGAGGCAAAGGACAUGAAGUGGCCCUUCGUGCCUGAGAAGUGGCAAUACAGACACGCCGCGGGCCCCGAGGACAAAACAGACCUGCACGACGUGGUUGGCGCCAGCCUGCAACGGUUACUGGUGUCCUUGAAGGCCUCCAUCCUCGCCCGGGACGGUGCCACCGCGGCGGCCAUCCUGUUCCUGAGUGACAGGCUCCUGUACAGGCUCGACAUGUCCCCCCAACUCCUGCAGGUGGCCAAGGGGCUGCACAAGCUGUGGCCCGCCACACCGAUGGCCCCGCAGCUGGUCAUUCGCCAGGCCCGAGUGUCGCUCAGUGCAGGGAAACUUUUACAAGCGGAGCGUGUCCUGAGCAGCCUCAUCAGCAACAACGCAGCAACAGGCACCUGGCUGUACAGAAAUGAGAGCGACAGGGUCCUGGUGCAGGCAGUCUGCUUGCAGGUCAGAGGGCAAGUCCUGCAGAAGCUAGGGAUGUGGUGCGAAGCAGCGGAGUUAAUACAGGCCUCAAUCGCAGGGUAUGUGACACUUCCUCAGCCAGAUAAAAAGGGCAUCUCCGCAUCCUUAGGUAUACUGGCCGACAUCUUUGUUUCCAUGAGCAAGAAAGAUUAUGAGAAGUUUAAAAACAACCCACAAGGAAGCUUGGGCCUGCUGAGGGGCUCCGACCACCGCCUGCUGUCGGCCGCCACAGCCUGCAAGCUGGCAGCUGCCUUCAGCCCCUACACACCCCUGUUCGUGCUCACAGCCAUGAAUAUCCGUGGCACAUGUUUGCUGUCGUAUAGCAGUUCUAAUGACUGUCCUCCAGGACUGACAACUUCGUAUCUUUGUGAAGCCAAAGAGGCCUUUGAAAUCGGCCUCCUCACCAAGAGCCUGGACGAGCCUGUGGCUGGGAAGCAGGAGCUCCACAGUUUCCUCAGGGCCGCUUUUGGCCUCACCAUGGUGCACCGCAGGCUCUGUGGGGAAGUGGGGCCGGUGCGCGAGGCCCGUCGGCUCUGCCUUGAGGCCGUGGGGAAGCUGUAUGCAUUCGGUUCUUUUGCCAGAAACUGGGAGAGAGCAGCUCUCUCUCGGGAAAUCAUGUGUAUUAUCGCCCAGGUGAAGGAUCAUUUACAGGUCCAGAGUUUUCCAAAUUCAGAAGACAGGUCUUAUGUUCCAGCGGGUUUCACAUGUGAGCUGGACAAACCCCUCUUGCUCGGGCAAGUGAGUUUCCAGAAAAUCCUUGAAGUCUAUUCGCAGCACCACACCUCAGUGUGUGAAGUGUUUGAAAGCACCUGUGAAAGCAACAAAGACAAACAGAAAGGUACAAGCACUGGCCUCUGCAUCACUGCACUGAAUAUAGAUACAAAAAGCACAGAGACCGUGGGCACUGAGGACAGACUGUGUUUUCAAAACAGCAUGGGACUGUCCUGCUCCCAAAUAGCUAAUGAAAGCCAGGCAAUGCUCAGGAGGGCAGGAAGGAACUGGAUCUGCACAGAUGCGUUCCGAGUCUCCUUGGGCCCAGAUGUGGACACCCAGGCUGUGUCACCCGGCCACAGCAACAGCAGGGAAGCUACUUCCAGCAAGGCUCUGAGCGACAGCCAGAGCUUCAGUUCUUGGAGCAAGUUAUCAGCGAGCGGUUCUUCUACGAGCUGGGAGGAAGUGAACGACCACAUUGGUAACAGUUCAGCCAGAAAAGAGCCCAACACAGAUCAUCCUGUGGACACUCAGGGGUCCACUGCCCGGGCCAAAGAGCUGGACAACAACAGGGAAAGUGCAGCCAUGAAUUCACUGUCUUCAGAGGUCCACAGUCUUUCUUUCCCGGUGCCCACGGAUGACAAUGCAGAGUCUUCUCCAAGUCACAUGGCCUCAAACACCUCCCCUCCUCAUAGCACCACAGGCACCUUCUUGGCCUCUGGUGCAGGGCUGCUGGAAGGAACUCCAGAAGAAAUGCAGACAGGCAAAAGUACGGGCUCCAGAAAUACUUCUGGCCAGCCCAGGCCCUCAUUUGGAUAUGCUGCUUGGUCUUCUUCUGAUUCUAGUUGGCCCAAGAACAUGGCCACACAUCCUUCUUUCCAAGAAGAAGAAACCUUUGAAAUAAUUGAUGAGUUUCCAGAAAUCAACUGUGAUGCCACAGACGGGUCUGGAGAGGAGAAUGGAGGAGACAUCACAGGAGGCACAGGCCCUGCCUUUCAAGGCAGCCCGUCCUGGGUGGACCCAGGAGAAACAGCCGACUGCGAGGAUAUGCCCUUGGGCUCUCACAGAGUCACGGGUGAAUCUCUGGGCAAAAGUUCCACAAUGGCUUGUCACCCUGUCACUCCUCUCUGGCCUGUUCAAAAUCCCGAGUCAGGACGAAGUGGCAGCUCAGCCCAAGAGCAGGUGGACCCCGAUGCCUCCACGGAGGGUGAGGGGGACCAGCUGCUCAACCUCACAGGGCCACAGGGCUGUCACAGGCCGUGUGCUCUGAGGAAGCUGUGUGGUCAGGGGGCUAGGACCCCCCAUGCCUCUGGAAGCCAUGAGGACUGCACCACCACUGAGGAAGGAAAUGAACCUGAAAACGUGCUCAGCUGCAGCCAGAACUCCAGCUUGUCCUCGGCCAGCUGGUGGAAAUCUGUACUCUCCAGCAGGUCCUCCGAGGGGGGUGGCCCAUGGUCCUACCUGAAUUCCACUGGAAGUUCUUUUGUUCCAUUGGCAGGAACGAUGAGGCGGGAGACCCUCGAGGCUCGCACCCUGCAGCCCGAUGACCUUGAAAGACUCCUGGCAGGAGUGACGAGUGACUGGUUGCUCCGGAGGCUGGAGAACACAGGGGUAUUCAGGCCCAGCAGGCUCCACCAGGCGUACAAUGCUCUCUUCGUGAAAUAUUCUAAGAAAUCUGAAUUGUGGACAGCCCAGGAAACUGCCGUAUAUUUGGGGGACUACCUGGAUGUGAAGACGAAGGGCAGACAAAGAAAUGCCUUCUGGGUUCAUCACCUUCAUCAAGAGGAAACUCUGGGAAGAUAUGUCGGGAAGGAAUACAAGGAGCCGAAGGGGCUGUGGCUCCACUUUUCUGACGUGGAGCGUCAGAUGACCGCCCAGCACUACGUGACAGAGUUUAACAAGAGACUUUAUGAACAAAAAAUCCCAACACAGAUAUUCUAUAUCCCAUCUGCAGUACUACUGAUUUUAGACGACAAGACAAUAGAAGGAUGUAUCAGUGUGGAGCCUUACAUACAGGGAGAGUUUGUAAAAUUAUCAAAUAACACAAAAGUGGUGAAGACAGAGCUCGCGGCCACAGAGUGUGGCUUGGCCUUCGGCCAUUUCUCUUACGAGUUUUCCAACCACAGAGAGGUUGUCGUCGAUUUACAAGGCUGGGUGACUGGGAGCGGGAAGGGGCUCCUCUACCUGACAGACCCCCAGAUCCACUCUGCGGACCCGAAACAGGUCACUGCCAACUUUGGAAAAAGGGGGAUCUCCUGCUUCUUUAACAACCAGCAUGUACAGUGUAAUGAAAUCUGUCGCCGUCUUUCUUUGACCAGACCCUCAGCUGAGAAGCAAAACCAGUCCUAG